UCUCAUUUUACUGAUCACAUUGAUGAUGACAUUGCAAUUUCAAUAUACUGUGUUCGGAAGUGUUCGGACCGCCAUUAUCUUUCUUUCUUCUCUCCCCCUAUUUAUCGAUUAUUCUAACAGAGAUUCCUCGCCUUUUCAUUUCCUUUGUCCAUCGCUUAGACCCGAACCGCACCAACAACAAUCUCUAUGGCAAUCUCCGCUCCUCCGAAUUCUUCAGGCAUAUCUGUACCACCCCCUACACAAAACCCCCCUACCCUCGCCGAAGUUGGAGAAGCCCAACACUAUCUCGACAACCUUCUCCGUGUAGGAGCCGCUAGCAGUAACAUGCAAACCCCGACCAACGUUGAGGUCGGUGGUGCCACUUUAUAUGUACAUGAAGUUGCUACAAAAUGUGCCCCGCAAAUUGCUGCUCCCCCUUGGUUCGCUCCAAUAGCUGCACAACUAAUUCAUUUGACCACCAAUGUCGAUAAUCUAAACAACACCGUCAAUAAUCUAUCUGACAAUUACAAUAAUUUAAACCACAUUGUCAACAACAACUACAAUAAUCUAAACAACACCGUCGAUAAUUUAAACAACACCGUCAAUAAUUUAUCCAACAACUACAAUAAUUUACACAACACCGUCAACAACAAUUACAAUAAUCUCAGCAACGCCGUCAAUAAUCUAUCCAACACGGUCACCAAUCUGGAAGCAACUGUGGAUGCUCGGUUUACUGGACUUGAACGAUCAAUGGCAAUCCUUCAAAAUUUUACCAAAGGUUAUGGGCUCCUUACCCCAUAUAACAACAUUUUGAAUGAUGCUGGUGCACCUCUGCCUCUUCCUCCGAUAACGUGUGCUGGUGAUCUGGCAAAUCUCAGCGAUGCUGAUGUUCGGAUUUGGUUCAUAUAUUAUUUCCCGGAUCGGACUCUAACUGGGACUUCUUAUGUUGAGAAGAAGGCUGUGAUAGGGCGUUACAUUGGGUGUAGUGUUGGAAUGUGAGGAAGUUUGCAUGGUAUUUUCUUUGGUAUUGUAUGUAUAUGCGUAUGAUUGAAAUAGAUUUGUACAAAAAAAAUCUUCGUAUCUGUGUCACUGUGUUCGCAAGACGAUGGAAGAAAAUCAGUAUUAUUUUGCACAACUUCAUCCUCGCA